CUAAAAAUGCAUGGAGUUCCAAUCAAAAUGUUAAGCGUGUGACAACAAGUAAGCCUACUAAUAUACGUCCCAAUACUUUUCCACUUUAAAAGUUUGUUGCACAGUGAAUCCUUGUUGCAUAUAUAGCACAAAGCAUUUACUUCCCAUCAAUGACCUUUUAUCUUUUUCUCAUAAUCCUCCAAGAAAAAAAAGUUGUUCUCCCAUGGAACCAACAAAGAAUGAGCUAUGUAUGUCUAAUCCUCCCAGCACCUUCUCUGCUCCAGAGGGUCCUCCAUGUCCAAAUACACCACUGCAAAACCAAAAAGAAAACAAGCUGCAGAGAGUUGAAGAAGAAGAAGAAGAAAAAGAGACAAAGUCAGAUAUCCUACUAGAUCUAAAUCUCUCUAGUAAAGAUUCCAAUCAUGGUUCUGAUGCAGAGCUCAAUCUCAUUGAUUGUUUGGAAGUGGGUUCAUCUCAAAAUCCAUCAGAAACCCCCCAAACUUCUUCUGCCGAGCCACGAAUUUUCUCAUGCAACUAUUGCCAAAGAAAAUUCUAUAGUUCACAAGCACUUGGAGGACACCAAAAUGCCCACAAAAGAGAGAGGACUCUUGCGAAAAGAGAACAAAAGAUUGGAGCACAUAUGAUGGCCUCAGCAGCAGCUUUUGGGCGCUCUAUCAACCAUGACCACUAUUCAAGCUUGGCUUCUCUUCCUCUCCAUGGUGCUUAUAAUAGAUCUCUUGGAAUUCAAGUGCAUUCAAUGAUCCAAAAGCCUUCUCACACAUCAUCUUGUAGCGGCUUCUUUGGACCUCGCAGCUGGUCAAGACCACCUUUUAUUAACCAACAACCAGCAAUUGGGAAGCUAGGAGUUGAGAAUUUUCAUGUAAAAGCAGCAUCACAGUCUCGAGCUAGUGUUGGUAGAUUUGAGGUUGUAAGAGCAAUGAACGGUUCUCUGGCCAAUGAUGAACUUAGCGGAUAUUGGUUGGCAGGAAGUGGUGGUGGUCUUUUCAAGCCUAAUCAAGAGGAGAUGAAGAAGCUUGACUUGUCUCUCAAGCUCUAAGUCUAAGCACAAUUCAUCUUUAUUCUCUUUUGAUCGUCUUCGCUACUUUUGUUUCUAGGAAGUUUCAAAUUUUCUAAUUUCCUCUCUGUAAUAUAGUGUAGAUUUGCGUAUUAAAUUGAUAGAUUUUUUUCUCUCUUGGUUAUU